CUAUUGUUAUAUGUUGAUGAUAUGCUUAUUUUGGGACAAGAUGUUGAGAAAAUUUACAGGUUAAAAGAUGAGUUAUCAAAGUCCUUUGACAUGAAGGACUUAGGACCAACAAAGCAAAUUCUGGGUAUGGUUAUUACCCGUGAUAGAAAGGCUGGGAAGCUGUGGUUAUCACAGGAGAAGUAUGUUGAAUGGAUGCCUGAAAGGUUCGACAUGCAACAUGCUAAGCCAAUUAGCACUCCUCUUGCAAAUCACUUCAAGCUAAGUAAACGAUCUUGUCCAAAUACCAAAGAAGAAAAGGAGAAAAUGUCAUCCAUUCCUUAUUCUUCUACGGUCGGUUCACUGAUGUAUGCGAUGGUAUGUGUACGGCCAGACAUUGCUCAUGCUGUUGGUGUCGUGAGUAGAUUCUUGUCUAAUCUAAGUAAGAUUCACUAAGAAGUUGUUAAGUGGAUCUUCAGAUUUUUGAGAGGAACUACCAAGUUGUGUUUGACAUUUGGGCAAACUGAACCAAUUCUAAAGGGAUACACAGAUGCAGACAUGGCAAGUAACCUUGAUAAUAGAAAAUCUAUUUCAGGGUAUUUAUUCAUUUUUGCAAGAGCAGUUGUAUCAUGGCAAUCAAAAUUGUAAAAGUGU